AUGUGGCUCUCAGCGAGCUCAGCGAGCUCGACCAACCGCUCUAGUAAGACCUCGCCUACCAGUCGACCGACUUUCCAGGCCGACUCGAAUCCUCGCCCUAUCUCUCCCUCCUCCGCUCUAACAGAAGUCUUGCGCAAGAACCCUUUCCGAGCCGGCUCCCGGGAGUCUCUUGCUGUCCAAGUCGAAGAGGACGUCUCCGUACAGUUGAACAAGGACUUGUUGAUCCUAGCUGACUUCUUUCCCGAUGUGAAAGUGGAAGUCCUGCGUGAACUACUCCUUAGAUUCGAUGGGGAUAGCAGGCUGGCGUUGUGUACCGAACAACUCUACAAAUACAAGACGGAAUGGGCAAGAGGUCGAUUGAAUGUUCCGUCAAGAGACUUAGAUGAGCCCAUACCACGGGACGAACAAUUCAGGACAGCAAAGUACAUCGAUGCUGUCAAACGAACCGUCCGCCGUGAGUUCAACAGUUUGAACCGAAGUGCGAUAGAUGCAGUACUUGCGGAGGUAAACUACUCUUACACGAAUGCGAGACCGACUCUACAAGGCCUUGCCAGCAAAACAUGGAAGAUUGCUAUAACGAGCAUCUUCAAAAAGAAGAAGGCCAUCACAGAACCACCGUCAAUACUCCUGGAGAAGACCAAAUCCGAAUCUGGUGGACCACACCUACUGGCUACUGGCAGUGAGGAGCUCGAUGAAGACUUGUCGACGGUCUUCACAAUGCCGGGACCAUUGCAAAAGCCCCGGGAUCAGCAGGCCAUUGAUCUCGAACUUGCAGAAGCUAUCAACCUGCAGGAAGCCGAAGAUGCAGGCGCGCUCUUCGAAUGCCAGAUAUGUUAUAACGACACUACCUUCGAAAAGAUUGCAUUCUGUACCCAACACAAUCAUACUAUCUGUUUGGAUUGUGUAAGACGGACCUUGAACGAAGCGAUAUUCGGUCAAGGGUGGUCGAAGACCGUGGAUGUCGAGCGAGGGACUUUGAAAUGUCUUGCACCAUCGAGUGACGACGAUUGUGAAGGGUGCAUCCCCCGAGAAUUGGUCCAGAGAUCCAUCUCUAGGGAGAAAUCUGCUACAGAAACAUGGGCUCGCUUCGAAGAUCGACUUGCCGAACAUGCCAUACAAACCUCUGCGAUCACUCUCACCCGUUGUCCGUUCUGUUCAUACGCUGAAGCCGAUUCAAGCUACGAAGCCGAGUCUGCCUCACAACUCACAUGGCACGUACGCAGACCAAAGGACAUCAGCACCAUAGCCCUCAUCCUUAUCCUUGAAUUAUUACCAGCCCUGCUGUUUAUGACGAUACCCUUUCUUGUACUGUUCCCAAAAUUCUUCUCCUCGUACUUUUACAUUGCGCUAGGUCACUUGGCCCUCCGCAACAGGACUUCACGAUUUAUUUGUCGCAGCCUUUCCUGUGGCCGAAAGUCCUGUCUUCAAUGCCUCAAAUCGUGGCACGACCCUCACAUCUGUCACGAGCCCUUGAUCCUCUCAUUACGGACUACAGUUGAGGCCGCCCGCACAGCAGCAAUCAAACGAACCUGUCCCCGCUGCGGAACUUCUUUCGUCAAGUCCUCUGGCUGCAACAAACUGACCUGUGUCUGUGGGUAUAGCAUGUGUUAUCUUUGUCGCAAGAACAUUGGCAAAGCCGGCUCCAAUACCGAAGGUGGCGAGGGCUACCGACACUUUUGCGAGCAUUUCAGGCCCACGCCAGGACAGAAAUGCCAGGAAUGUGAUAAAUGCGAUUUGUAUCGUGCAGAGGAUGAGGACGCAGAAGUGAAACGGGCAGGCGAAGAAGCAGAGCGCAUGUGGAGGGAGCGUGAGGGCAUGAUCGGUGUCAAGGGACUAGAAGACGCAGUUGGCAAUGUUGCUGGUGAAGACAGUAUUUUCAAUCGUUUGCGGGAGGGGAGGUGGUCGGUGCAAGAUGUUGCCGACUGGAUUGUCGAGAUGUUCAUCACCGUUGAUAUUGAUUAG